GGCAGAGGGGUUGAAAUGGAAACGAUGAUUAAUUAUUAUGACGAUGAGCCAGCGAAUGUACCUUUGGAAUCUUGUAAAUCAAUGACCAAAGACUUCUCAUUUCCCCUUCAUAUAAACAAGUUUGAGUUUUGUACAGACAGAUUUAUCGACAUCUACGGAAAAGGUCGAGCGAAAGAGAUGAACAAAGUUCUGACUUUUCUCCUCUGUUUCGCUCUGCUCUCGAUUCUUUCCCAUGGCAGACCCUUCACUUCAGAUGGGUCGGGAUCAGUCCCUCAUGCCCUCAAAUCCUUCAAGGUCAACGAGACUCGGAACGAGAACAGCUGUUCGUACACUGUGUCAAUAAAGACGAGCUGCUCUUCAACUUCGUAUACUCGUGACCAGAUCAGUCUUUCGUUUGGGGAUGCAUAUGGAAAUCAGGUCUAUGUGCCUAGGCUGGAUGAUCCAUCGACUCGUACAUUCGAGCGAUGCUCCACCGAUACGUUCGACAUACAUGGACCCUGCACGUACCAAGUCUGCUACAUCUACCUCUACCGGAGCGGAUACGACGGGUGGAAACCCGAAACCGUGACCGUCUACGGCUAUAACACCAAGACUGUGACUUUUUACUACAACACCUUCAUUCCGGGUGACGUAUGGUGGGGUUUCAACCGUUGCAGCGGCUAUUUAGCAUCGGUAUCCUCGUCCGCUAUGUAGUAGAAUUUGCUUGCACAUGUUGCUACUUGGUGGGAGUUCUCUAGGUGGACUGCUGGUGGUUUGUAUCGAGCAAGGUGAGGAUGAGAUCAAGACAAUAAGACGCACAUUUUAAAUAUUUCAGGAAUGUAUUCGUCUCUGUUUCCGUUAUAUUCUUAAAUAUUUCAGGACUGCGAGCAAAAUCUUCGCCAUUCUGCAGUUUCUCAAGAA